GAUCAGCGUCCUGAGCUGGCCCGGCGCAACAUGGAGAAAAACUCACAUAGAUGCGAUAUCCCAUUGUGCACUACUGAUGUGGAAUACAGAGAAGCAACUCAAGCCUUAAGUGAAUCUUCUUCAAUUCAUAGUGUGAAGUAUCUUACAUUGCCACAUUACCUUCCAGAAGGAAGCUUCAGCACAAUACACGGGACAUUUGAUCCAUCGAACUACAUUCAGGACCACAGUAGCUCAGUUGUUAACAAUUUUUUUGAUGCAAAGCAACCAAACUGCAAAAAUGGAUUGUUUUUCAGUGAUGGGAAAAGGAAAGUGGAUUAUGUGCUGGCUUAUCAUUACCGAAAACACAUUACACAUCACACCUCCUCAGUUUCUCAUGGGCUUGCUCUCAUUUCUAAUGGCAACUCAGUAAACCCAGAGGACAAAAAUUAUGAGCAAGCAGCUUCCGAGCAGCAACAGCAGCCGCAACAGGUGGUUAUGGAUUUAUCCCCACAGGAUGCCUUAGAAGAAGAAAGGAGGAGUCGGAGAGAGGAGUUUGAAAGAAACCUAAUGGAGGCUGGUCUUGAACUAGAGCGAGACAAGGAGAUGAAAAAUCACGGAAAUGGAUUUGUCCGAAUACACGCACCAUGGCAUGUUCUGAGUAGGGAAGCAGAAUUCCUGAAAAUUAAAGUGCCAACAAAAAAGAUGUAUGAACUGAAAGAGGACAAUGGAAUCGGUUCAAAAUUAAAUGCUGUUUGGCAAAAAUUCUCAAAACCGUUACAUCCCAGAGUGCCACAAAUGGAAAGUGAUAGGAAGAUGAAGUACCUUUCACAUUCAUUCUCUAGAGAGAAAAUGCAUCUAUACAACAUCAAGGAUAAGGACACCUUCUUUGAUAAUGCCACAAGGAGUCGAAUUGUGUUUGAAAUAUUAAAACGCACAACCUGUACAAGAGCAAAAUAUAGCAUGGGUAUCACUACUUUAAUUGCAAAUGGCAUUUAUGAGUCUGCUUAUCCUCUUCAUGAUGGCAAUUAUGAAAGUGAUGAAGAAGAGAUAAAUGAGAGAAAGGUGCUACAUAAAGAAUGGGCAAGAUAUGGUGUCUUCUACAAAUACCAACCAAUUGACCUCAUUCGGAAGUAUUUUGGAGAAACAAUAGGAUUGUACUUUGCAUGGCUGGGUCUUUAUACAGAGUUGCUUAUUCCAGCUUCAUUAGUCGGCAUCAUAGUAUUCCUUUAUGGAUGUGUAACAGUAGACAGUGACAUACCAAGCCUUGAGCUAUGUAAUGAUCAAAAUAACUUCACCAUGUGUCCACUGUGUGACGCAGCAUGUGAUUACUGGAAUCUCAGCACUGCGUGUGAAACAUCACGAGCCAGUCAUCUCUUCGAUAACCCAGCAACUGUAUUCUUUUCCAUUUUCAUGGCACUUUGGGCAUCCAUGUUUUUGGAAAACUGGAAGCGAAAACAGAUGAGACUGAGUUACUACUGGGAUCUUACUGGACUUGAAGAAGAAGAAGAACAUUCAAGACCAGAAUAUGAAACUAAAUUAAUACAGAAGAAACAGAGGAAAGCUAGAAGUCACAAGAGAAUCAAGAAAGAGCCUAAAAGAGAGGAAGAGAAUGGAGAUUCAGGCAAAAAUAAAUGGAGAGAAAAGGUCCUGUCAGCCAUGGGAGGAGUAAAUGUGUCUGAAAAAGAGAAGCUUACUUGGAAAGAUCGAAUUCCAGGCUACUUCAUAAAUUUCACCUCUAUUUUGUUUAUGUUUGGACUGACAUUUGCAGCAGUGUUUGGAGUAAUCAUCUACAGGAUAACCACCUCUGCAAUAAUGGCAAUGAGCCCAGACCCUGUAACUAAGUCAAAUAUACGUAUCACAGUUACCUCGACUGCAGUCAUCAUUAAUCUGAUAGUGAUUCUGAUCCUGGAUGAAAUUUACGGAGCUGUUGCAAAAUGGUUAACAGAUAUUGAAGUCCCAAAAACUGAUAAAACAUUUGAAGAACGUUUGAUACUGAAGACAUUUCUUUUGAAAUUUGUGAACUCAUAUGCACCAAUUUUCUAUGUUGCGUUUUUCAAAGGAAGAUUUGUGGGACGUCCUGGAGAUUAUGUCUAUGUUUUCAAGCAUUACCGUAUGGAAGAGUGUGCCCCUGGUGGAUGUCUGAUGGAGCUUUGCAUACAGUUAAGCAUCAUUAUGUUAGGAAAGCAGCUUAUACAAAACAACCUUUUUGAAAUUGGCAUUCCUAAAAUUGAAAAACUAUACAGGAAGCUGAAGGACAAAGAUACUGAACAAGAGGAGAGCAAUUCCCAACAAAACAGGGCUCCUAAGCAAUGGGAUCUGGAUUAUAGCUUAGAGCCAUUUACUGGGUUGGCACCAGAAUAUAUGGAAAUGAUCAUCCAGUUUGGAUUUGUCACACUUUUUGUUGCUUCAUUCCCUCUCGCACCUCUUUUUGCACUCUUAAACAACAUUAUUGAAAUUCGUCUUGAUGCCAGAAAGUUUGUCACAGAGUUACGAAGGCCAGAUGCAGUACGAGCAAAGGACAUUGGCAUUUGGUACAACAUUCUCAGUGGCAUGGGAAAGUUUUCAGUCAUCAUUAAUGCAUUCGUCAUCUCCUUCACGUCUGAUUUCAUCCCACGUCUGGUCUAUCUGUACAUGUACAGUGAGACUGGCACCAUGCAUGGCUUUAUUAAUCAUACCUUGUCUUAUUUCAACGUCACACAUUUCAAACCUGGAACUGCACCAACAUUGUCACAGUUUGAUAAAGAAAUGCUCAUUUGCAGGUAUAAGGACUACAGAGAGCCACCUUGGUCAAUAAAUGCCUAUGAAUUCUCCAAACAAUAUUGGUCAGUCCUUGCUAUUCGCCUUGCCUUUGUUAUUGUGUUUCAGAAUCUAGUGAUGUUUCUUAGUGAAGCUGUUGACUGGAUGAUUCCUGAUAUUCCAAAAGAUAUCAGUGAGCAGAUAAAAAAGGAGAAGACUCUGCUCGUGGAUGUGUUUCUCAAGGAAGAACAGGAAAAACUGCAGUUGAUUCAAAACUUUAUCCUGAGAGAUCGACCCACCCAGCAAGAGCCUGAACCAAAGCAGGAGAAUGGAUUCCGACGCAACCGGGCUGCAAGCUUUCAGUUUACUCGAGAGCAGCGAAGCAGCUAUAUGUCCUUCAGUUCCCACCACACAGAUGUUUGAAGUUUGGCUGUAUGGAAACUCAGAACUUUACUAUGAAGGGGAAAUAAGCCAUUGUUUUCAUAUUCUGUGUGCUGAAAAUGAACACAAAUGAGAGUUUUGCUUCUUCACCUCAUACAUUAUGCUCUAGUCAACUACAAAAAUUGCUACAAAACAGAGGAAUGGUGCACAAUCCAAAAUAGUUGGUCCAAAGAUACUUUAAUUAAAUGAGCCAAGCUGCUUUGCACUAUUUUCAUUUCACUGAUGGACUGUUAAAAAUCAUAUGUAAUGAGAAUGAAAGGACAAAACUGAAAUCUUUUACAGUUUCCCUGUGGGAGCGAGUAAUGAAUAGCCUUAGUCAAUACAUGCAACUUAGUGUAUGAAUCAGAGUUUUCUUUCUGGACUGAAUCAUAAACAUGCCCUAUUUCCGAUAUGACAUUAAAUUAAUGCUAUAUGUGCUUUGUAAAAAAAAAAAAAAUCAGUAUGCAAAAAGGGGAAACCCUUGUACUUUAAGUAACCGAAAGCUUUUGGGAAAAUGGACUCUUUGUACCACAAUACUUUACCUGUAUGACAAUAACACCUUCUUAAGUAUCAAAAUAUAAAAUAAAUCAACACAUCUUUCACUA